CUCUUCAAAAACCCGCCAACGACAGCACCUCGGUCUCUACGCAAUCGCGACUGCAUUAGAAGCAUUCAAUUGCUCGUCAAAGUCAACAUGUCUCUCGCACAGUCUAUCUACAGCACCGUGUUCCGCAAGAACUUCACCAUGCUUGCGGCUGUUUUCGGUGCCGGCUUCGCUUGGGAGAUCGGUUUCAACGCCACCAUGAACAACAUCUGGGACAGCAACAACCGAGGCCGCCAAUGGAAGGAUAUCCGACACAAGUACAUUGAGGGCGGCGAGGACGAGGAGUAAGAUCAACAUGCAAAUUCCGGUUGCUACGGCUAGAAUGGGUGUGGCAUGGGACUGCCUGGGGAAAAUGUACAAAACCAACGAGAAAUAGAAUGAUUCACAACUUUUUCCUUUCCCUUUGGCCUGAAUCACGGCUAUCAUACCUCUGCACCCGGCUAGCACCAACUUAUCCGCGGGCAGUCAUACGAUGUCAUUACCGA